AGUACGCAGAAUCCCAAGAAUAGGAGAAAAUAAAAAAAAACUUCGGGGGAAAACAAAAAAAUAUCCCCAUUAUUAUGGCCCCCAUUUGUUCCUUAUCUCUUCCAUCGCUCAGCUCCCCCUGUUCCCCCUUUCCUCCAUCGAACCUUUCCCUCCCUUCUUCUUAUCGUUCUUUCCAAAAACCAACACCAGAAAAAUUUUUUUUAAAAAAAGUAAAAACAAAUAGAUGUAAAUAAAAAAACCCAUUUGUUUAGCAUGUAACUUUUCUCGUGGGUUUCUUUAGCUUUUGUUGUUCUGAUCAAUGAAUCAGAGAAAAAUGAAGAGGGAUCACCAAGAUAGUUCUGCUGGCUAUGGAGGUGCCAGCAACACUACUAUUGGAGCUCCUACUAUGAAAGGCCAAGGUGAAUGUUCUGAGUUUACAAACGGAAAGGCCAAGAUGUGGACACAAGAAGAGGAGCAAGAAGCCGGAGGAAUGGACGAGCUUCUCGCCGUUUUGGGCUACAAGGUCCGGUCAUCGGACAUGGCCGAGGUGGCCCAGAAGCUGGAGCAGCUGGAGAUGGUGUUGGGCUCGGCCCAAGAAGACGGAAUCUCCCAGCUCUCCGACACCGUCCACUACAAUCCUUCAGAUCUUUCAGGUUGGGUUCAAUCCAUGCUUUCCGAGCUCAACCCCCAAAUUGACGACAAUACUCUACUCUCCAAUAACCAGACUCCGAACACCAACCACAACCAAUCUCAUGUCGUUUUCCAUGACGAUUCCGAGUACGACCUCCGAGCAAUCCCCGGCGUCGCCGCUUUCCCACCGCCACGGCCACCUCCACCGCCGAGCGACGAACAACAAAACGCUCCGAAGCGCUUGAAGACGACGGCGGCGGCGGUCUCAAUCGAAUCUUCUUCUUCCUCUCCUUUGAAAACCGAAGUUUCCGAGUCUACUCGAGCCGUCGUCCUGUUCGACUCGCAGGAUGCCGGAGUCCGACUCGUCCACACUCUCAUGGCCUGCGCUGAGGCCAUACAGCAGGACAAUCUGAAGCUCGCCGACACACUGGUGAAGCACGUCGGACUACUCGCGGCGUCGCAGGCCGGCGCGAUGAGGAAGGUCGCGACCUACUUCGCCGAAGCCUUAGCGCGGCGAAUCUACGGAAUCUACCCUCAGGAGCUUCAGGAUUCUUCUUUCGCCGAUAUGCUCCAGAUGCACUUCUACGAGACUUGCCCGUACCUAAAAUUCGCUCAUUUCACCGCCAAUCAGGCGAUUCUUGAAGCCUUCGCGACUUCGAAUCGAGUUCACGUCAUCGAUUUCGGACUCAAAGAGGGGCUGCAAUGGCCGGCGCUGAUCCAAGCCCUAGCAUUGAGGCCUGGCGGGCCUCCGGCUUUCAGGCUCACCGGAAUUGGACCUCCGCAAUCGAACAACACCGAUCCGUUGCAGCAAGUCGGUUGGAAGCUCGCUCAAUUGGCGGAGACAAUCGGAGUCGAGUUCGAAUUUCGCGGAUUCGUGGCCAAUAGCUUGGCGGAUCUCGAACCUUCGAUGCUCGAUCUACAGCCGCCAGAGAUCGAGACCGUCGCCGUCAACUCCGUCUUCGAGCUUCAUCGCUUGUUGGCUCGUCCCGGCUCGAUCGAGAAGGUUUUGUCCUCAAUCAAAGCCGUGAGGCCGAAGAUCGUGACAAUCGUGGAACAAGAAGCGAACCACAACGGACCGGUUUUUCUAGACCGGUUCACGGAGGCUCUGCAUUACUACUCGACGCUGUUCGAUUCGUUGGAGAUAUCGCCGCCGAGUCGGGAUUUGAUGAUGUCGGAGGUAUAUUUGGGGAAGCAGAUAUGCAACGUGGUGGCCUGCGAGGGGCCGGACCGGGUCGAGCGUCACGAGAACCUGGACCGGUGGCGAGACCGAUUCGGAUCGGCCGGUUUCGACCGGGUCCACCUCGGUUCGAACGCGUUUAAGCAGGCGAGCAUGUUGCUUGCCCUGUACGCCGGCGGUGAAGGAUACAGAGUGGAGGAAAACGACGGGUGUUUGAUGCUCGGCUGGCACACGAGGCCACUCAUCGCCACGUCAGCAUGGCAACUCGCCGAUUUGGGAUGAGUCGACUCAGCUCGAUUUUCAUUGAGUUCAGAUGGGAGACCAACUCGGAAGGCCGGUUUGUUUGAAGACCAGACAGAACAGAACAGAACCCUAUGCGUCAGAUGAUCACUGAAUGUGAUGCUUUUGGGUUUGUGAAUGAGAGAGAGAGAGAGAGAGAGAGAGAGAGAGGGGUGAGGAGAGAGAAUUGGACAGUAAAACAGGUCCAAUCAAAACUGUGUAAAGAAAAAUCACUUUUUUUUUUUUUUUACCUUCUUAUCCUUCUACC